AUUUUGUCGUUCAUGUCACUGUCAAAAAUACAACAACAAAAGUUCAUGAUCCACAUGGACUAAGAGGUUGUUUUGGAUUUUUACUACAAAAAUAGCUAUUAUAUUAAACCUGACUUCAUAAUUUAAGCUCACUACUUUUACUAAGUAUUGUUGUCACGAUGGCGGAAGGCCAGUUUAGUGAUUACGAGGAAGAUAUAACUGUUAAGGUUAAGAGUGUUCGGUUUUCAGAUGUUCCACAAAUCAAAAACCUUAGCAGUGAAUCUGAGGAUGAUGACGAUUUCAAUUCGGACGAAUACUUUCACGAUUCCGAUGAUCCCAGUCAGAACAAGAAGAAAAACAACAUCAACUCUCAAGCACCAUCUAAUAAAGUCAGUUCCUACCAGCCGAGCGAAAAGUUAUUCAAAAAAUAUGUUCACAAAAUCAAUGUUGACAAAUACGAACCAAUGUCGAGGAAAACUGAAAAAUUCAUGGACAUUAACGAUAGAAAGGCCGAUAAUGAGAGGAUUAGGAUUAAAGACAAACAUGACAGAGCAACUGCUGAGCAGGUCAUGGACCCUCGUACCAAAAUGAUCUUAUUCAAACUCCUUAAUAGAGGCAUUAUCAAUGAAAUCAAUGGUUGCAUCUCUACAGGCAAAGAAGCUAAUGUGUAUCAUGCAACCUCUAAAGAUGGAAAGGAUUAUGCUGUUAAAAUAUUCAAAACAUCUAUUCUAGUCUUCAAGGACAGAGAUAAGUAUGUGUCAGGAGAAUACAGAUUCAGAAAUGGCUACUGUAGGUCUAAUCCACGUAAGAUGGUGCGCACAUGGGCAGAGAAAGAAAUGAGAAAUCUUGUACGAAUGUAUAAUGCUCAACUAACUGUCCCUGAACCAGUGAUUCUACGUAGCCAUGUAUUGGUUAUGUCUUUUAUGGGUGAAGACGGUUGGCCAUCACCGAAAUUGAAAGACGUUGAAAUAUCACAAUCUACCGCUCGUUCUUUAUACAGAGAUAUAGUCAUGAUGAUGUGGAAAAUGUUCAACAUAUGCAAGUUGGUACAUGCUGACUUAUCAGAAUUCAAUCUUUUGUAUCAUCAAGGGAACGUAGUCAUCAUAGACGUAUCACAAUCAGUGGAACAUGAUCAUCCACAUGCGUUUGAGUUCUUACGUAAAGAUUGCACAAAUAUUUCAGACUUCUUUAGAAAGAAGGGUGUAGCAACAUUAACUGUUAAAGAAUUGUUUGAUUUUAUUACCGAUUCUACAAUUAAUGAGAAUAAUUUAGAGGAAUGCCUUGAGAAGUUGUCUGAAAAAGCUGCGGCAAGGAACUUUGAGGAGAUGACAGCUCAGGAACAGGUUGAGGAGGAAGCCUUCAAAAAUAUCUACAUUCCUAAAAGGCUAACUGAGGUCAUUAACUAUGAGAGAGACAUAACAAAAGCCAAAAAGGGUGAUACAGAAGACUUAGCAUACAAGAAGAUUGCCGGCUUUAAUGAAGACCUAACCGCAGCUGAGAAACCGGACAUCCUACAGGAAGAUGAGAUUUCUGACAGUGGAUCUGACAGCGGUUCUGAGGGGUCAGAUGAUGAUGAGCAAACAACAAAGCAAUUCAAAAACAGCGCUCGACCCAGAGAUGAAUCACCCAACAGCAAAAAAUUAAGGAAAAAAGCUGUCAAGGAAGAAAAAGCUGAGAAAAGGAAAACUAAAACAAAGAAACACGUCAAAAAACGACGUGACAAGGGUGCCGGGAAGAGAUAGACAUAUUAUUUUACUUAGGUAAAGAUUUUUAUAUAAAAUAUUGUAUUUAAUAUUUCUUUAGCAACAGAGUAAUUAACUAUACUGUAUUUUCGUACGUAAGUAUCAUUGUAUAAUAGCAGCUAAACUGAUUAGAAUACCCCUUUUUCUCUGACUGCAAACUAAUGUGUUCUUUAUUAAAGUUUAUUUGACCAUUAAUAACGUCAAUACUGUUUCUCAGUUUCUCUAUGUAUUCAUUUAGAUAACUCAUUGUAGCUGAAGUAGUAAUUGGGCUUACAGCACCAAACCAUAUUUCAAUUAGUUCAUUAUUACUACUUAUGUUUAUAAAGAUAUGAAUAAUCUUUUGUGUAGUUAAUUAGUUAGAAAAUGUGGUUGUUAAUUUAAGAUAGUCACAGAUGUUUUGUUUUUGUACAUGCAAAGUGGGUUGUUGUUACCAACUUUUUUCUGUGCUACAUGAAAAUUUUCACUGAUUCUGCAGUUGCUUUAUCAUACAUAUUGAAUUUCAUACAUAAUGAAAUAUUGUCAUUUUUUUUAAGGGUUGAAACAGAUUUAUGUAUUUACUUUAGUUUUCAACACUCAAAACAGGUGCCUUAUUGCAAUAAUGUAACUGCCGUACAUAAGAGGGAUAAAUAAAACUAUUAUUUACUUGUAAAUUUA